AUAAUGGAGCCAUCAGGGGGAGGGACAUAUGCAAACACAAAAGCCUGAUGGUGCUGCCAUAAGUGACAGAAAACAACGGAGACGCUAAAGGAGCAGUUUUGUGCCUGAGCUGCAGCCAUGAAGAAAGCAGAACGGCUGUAGAAGAGGGAACCGAUGUAAUUUUUAUGGUCAGCUCUUCAUCUGACAGAAGUCAGAAACCAAGAGGAACACCUCUUUGUGUUAGCAGGGUUGGACCGGUGGAGAAGACGGCUGGAUAGACGGGCUUUAGUGGUGUACAUCAAGGAGAUAAACUUCAUCAAUGAAGACACCUGGCAUGGCUGUAUUCAAGCAACAUAAUGUGGAUGAUUUCUAUGAAAUUGGACAAGAACUUGGAAGUGGGCAGUUUGCUAUUGUCAAACGCUGUAUAGAGAAGAGUACAGGCGUUGAAUAUGCAGCCAAGUUCAUCAAGAAGCGCCAGAGUCGAGCCAGCAGACGUGGUGUAAGAAGAGAGGAGAUUGAGAGGGAAGUGGACAUCCUUCUGCAGCUCCAGCACGACAAUAUUGUAGAGCUGCAUGAUGUGUAUGAGAACCGCACAGACGUGGUGCUCAUCCUUGAACUGGUGUCUGGAGGAGAGCUGUUUGAUUUCUUGGCUCAGAAGGAGUCUCUCAGUGAAGAAGAGGCCACUCGGUUUAUCAAACAGAUCCUAGAUGGAGUCCAGUACCUCCACUCCAAGAGGAUUGCACAUUUUGAUCUGAAGCCUGAAAACAUAAUGCUGCUGGACAGGAAUGUUCCUCUACCCCGCAUCAAACUCAUAGACUUUGGACUUGCACACAAAAUAGAAGCUGGGGCAGAUUUCAAAAACAUUUUUGGAACCCCUGAAUUUGUUGCUCCAGAGAUAGUCAACUAUGAGCAACUGGGAUUGGAGGCAGACAUGUGGAGCAUUGGAGUCAUCACAUAUAUACUUUUGAGCGGCGCGUCACCUUUCCUUGGAGACACAAAACAGGAAACCCUUGGAAACAUUUCUGCGGUGAAUUACGAGUUUGACGAGGAGCUCUUUAGCAAUACAAGUGAGCUGGCCAAGAGCUUCAUUAGUCAGCUCCUGGAGAAGGACACAAGAAAACGGAUGACCAUACAAGACGCCCUAAACCAUCACUGGAUUACGUCCUGCGGCCCGAUGGAAGAGGAUUGUGCUGCCCGUGAGGCUGAGAAGAAAGCAGAGCAGCUGAAGACGAAGCGUCUAAAGGAGUACACCAUCCAGUCCCACUCCAGCAUGCCCCAGAACAACACGUAUGCCAACUUUGAACGUUUUGCCCAUGUGGUGGAGGAAGUCAGUCUGAUGGAGACAGGUCUGUCGGACGUGGCAGAGGCCCGACACACUCUGCAGGUUGAUAUAGAAGCACUGCUCUCUAUCUACAACGACAAGGAGGCCUGGUACAAAGAGGAGAAUGAGACUGCAAGGAAGCAACUGUCCCAGGUCCGGUACGAGUUACGCAAAGUGGAGGCCACAAGGGGCCUGCUGCAGGAGGACAUUAGGUCUAUAAAUGCCAGUCUGGAGAGCAUCAGUGGGAAGUACAGCCAGAGGCAGAGUCAGCUGGACGCUCUGAGGCAGGAGCUGAACUCUGAACUGCAGUGGUUGCAGGACGUGAUGAACUCUCUGCUUCCAGAAGGAACCAACGGCAGCAUGCACAGCAGCAGUCCGAAUACAGACACAAGGCCCCCUCUGAAGGAGCUUCUUCAUCCGUCCUGCAAGAGGGAACUGUGCCCCGAGGCCAAACAGCCACUCACAGAGUCCGGCUAACAUAUACAAAUGAAACAUAUUUUUAAUUGACCUUAAAAAUUUCAUAUUUUCAAAAAUGAGGCUUCUACAAAUUGUUUUCAGCUGCACCAACCUUUCAAUGUGUAUCUGUGUAGUUUUUAUCUUUUCUUUAUUUAACAUAUUUUUGUGAAUUAAAGUAAACGUUAAGAAUGGGAAUUUGAGGUAAAUUUGAGGAAAUCUAUUACUGAGAGUUAGAUGAGUAGAUUGAGCCCCCUCUCAUAUGUGUACGGUAAAUAUAAAGCUACAGGUAGGAGACGAUUAGCUUUGCUUAGCAUGAAGACUGGGCAAUAUACAAAGGUAACAAAAUAUCUGCCUACCAGCACCUCUAGAGCUCACUGUUACAUUUAGUUUAAUACUGAUUUGUAAAAAGGGCAAUUGUGGUUUUACGGUACAGUGACACCAAAAAGUAUGUCCCCCAUAAAUAUCAACUUGUCAUUUUUACACUUUCUUUUUUGUUCUGAUUAAAUAAAUGAUACAUGAAAUGUAUAUUAGUGAGC